GCGUUUUAUCGCCGCGCAGCGUCGUCCCGUCCGCGAACUGCGCCGUAAUGAUAUUGCGGUAAUAUUCGCGGUUCGUGUAAAAUGCGACGGCCCGCCGCGUGAACAAUGGAAAUAGACGAGACGAUGGACUUUCUGUUGGCCGGCGACUACAGAAAAUUAACGUACGAGCAAAAGUGUCGGCUGAAAGGCGACCGUCCGACGCCCGACCUCCAGCUCGCGUGCGUCGACGGCAAGAGCACGAGGCAUUUUCAACGCAGUUGGUACGACAAGUUUCCGUGGCUCGCGGGUUGCAGCAAAAGGAACAAGAUGUUUUGUUUCACUUGCAUGAUGUUCGGCGGGGACGCAGAAUGGUGCGUCGACGGCGUGUCGUCUUUGAAAAACAUCCUGAGGAAAUCCGAGAAGCACGGUAUUUCCAAAAAACAUUUGAAGAACCAAGAAAAGUUUCACCUGCUGGGCAGAGUCCGAAUCGAACACGCGGUGUCGGAAAUCCGAAAACUCGACGCCAUGAAACAUAACGAACAGGUCGGUAUAAAUAGACGUCUGUUAGCGCGUAUUAUGCACGUAGUUUGUUUUUUGGCCAAACAAGAAAUCGCUUUUCGCGGGCGACACGAUUGCAGUGAACCCCUAAACCAAGGGAAUUAUCUUGAACUACUCGAACUGUUCGCGCAAGAAGAGCUGUUGCUUAAAGAUCACUUUUUAUCAUCGCCGACGUUUAAAGGUAUUACGUGCAACGCGAUACAAAAUGAUUUAAUCGAGUGCGUAACUUCCGUUUUAAAUUCAAGAAUUGUUCAGGAAAUACAGACGGUUAAUCACUUAUCAAUUCAGGUAGACGAAACGACCGACGUGUCGUGCCGUUCCCAGAUCAGCAUAAUUGUUCGAUAUGCGGUCGAACAAAAUAUUGUCGAACGGUUUAUUGGGUUUUUUGACGUGCCUAUGCAUAAAACAGCAUCCUGUUUGGCCGAUGUCAUUUUAAACGAAAUUAAUAAGUGGCGCAUGGGAAAUAAAAUUAUUUGUCAGACCUACGACGGUGCAUCGGUCAUGUCCGCGGAAAAAAACGGUGUACAAUUCCAUAUUAAGCAAAUUCAUCCAAAUGCGUCAUUUAUUCAUUCUUAUGCGCAUCAGCUGAACUUAGUAUUGUUACACGGAGCGAAAACCAUAAAAACAGUAAAGAACUUUAUUUGCAAUCUAACGAUGUUCCGUACGUUUUUUAGUCGGUCUACUAAGAGAAGUGAAUUAUUAAGGGAACGGGGUUUUAAACUUCCAAAUAAACGUGACACGAAGUGGAAUUAUAAUUCAAGAGCUGCUGAUACAAUAAAAACGCAUUUUUCGGAACUUAAAAAUGCUGUUAUACACGUGACUGAAGCCCCAGGUUGGGACCCUGUGUCCGUUUGUACAGCAUCGGGUCUUUACGACAAACUUAAUGAUGCGGAAUUCGUAUAUUUGUUAAUUUUGUUUAGCACGAUUAGUGUAUACGCAGAUUAUGAAUUUAAUUUUAACACGAUCACUCUUUCGAACAUCCAAUCUUGUGUUUCCGAAAUUGAAAAUUUAAAACAUAAUUUGGCCGAUUUAAAGAAAGAUUCGAAUGUGGAUUAUUUUUGUGAAGAAGCAAUAAAGUUAAAUAACAAUUUGGAGUAUGAUGAGGAAAAACGAAACGAAUUACGUAAAAUUACAUACGAAAUACUGGAUGCAUUGAUCGUUCAAAUUAAUAUGCGAUUUGAGGAUUUUUCGCGACUAGAGUUCAUAGAGGUCAUAAACAACAAAAUGUUUUCCGAAUAUCAUAAAAAAUUUCCCGAGUCAAAGUUCGUCGAAUUAAUACAGCUCUACCCCAAUACUUUUGAUGCAGAUCGUUUGCGCAAUGAGUUGGCUGUAAUUUAUGCGGACGUCAAAAAACAUUUGCCUCCACACGAACUUCUGGAUCUUAUAAUAAAAAGUUAGCGAUCUAUAACCGAUCAUUGUCUAUUGUAUAUUUAAUAAUCUUUUCUAUUUUUUCAUUCACAGAUGAUUUACAAGUAGAUAUAUAUCCCGAGGUUACUAAACUUUGUCAGUUAGUGCUAACCAUUCCGAUUACGGCGGCUUCUGGUGAACGUUCUGCGAGUACAUUGAAGCGUAUAAAGACUUUUCUAAGUAACACCAUGGAAAAUGACCAACGUUCAAAUUUAUCGACUUUGGUAAUUGAAAAAAAUUUAUUGGACGAUAUGAUGAAGGAUCCGACAUUUACAGAGAGUGUUUUUAAUAUGUUCGCUGCGAAAAAUCCAAAAAUUAAAUUAGUCUACGUGAAAAUUUAAAUCGUUAAUGCAUUAAACGGCAUAAUGCCCAGGUAUUAAAAACUGUAUUAAAACCUGGGCGUAUUUACAACGUGUUCGUACAAUAAAUAAUUUUUCUAGUUCGGUGUUAAAUUAC